UCUGCAUCUGUGACCUCAGCAUCAGAAGACAUGGCUUCCUCAGCAGCACCAGCAUCAUCAGAGCUCAUCUAGGUGAGGGUAUUGUGCCCAGCAGCCAGCCGUGGUGGGUGCCAUUCAGCUUUUCAAGCCUCAUUCCAGCUUAUCCUAGCCACCGCCGACCUGAGCAGCGCCCUCCCUUCCCUUUCCCACCUUGCCCCUGGUUUGGGCGGUGGCUUCAGAAGGCCAAGAUCACCCUGUUGGGCACUGCCCUCUUCAGCUGCAGGACAGGAAGAGGGGGUGGGUUGAUUACCCACAACCCCUCCCAACUCCAGGCCCCAAUGAGCUGAGAAGGGGCAGCCAGAAGCCCCUCAAACCCUCCCAGCUGGACUCUCUGUCUAUAUCUCUGACUCUCUUCGGGGCAUGGCCAGCAAUAGCAGCUCAUGCCCAACGCCUGGGGGUGGGCACCUUAACGGGUACCCGGUGCCUCACUAUGCCUUCUUCUUCCCUCCCAUGCUGGGCGGACUUUCUCCACCUGGCACUCUGACAAGUAUCCAGCACCAGCUUCCUGUCAGUGGAUAUAGCACUCCAUCACCAGCCACCAUUGAAACUCAGAGCAGCAGCUCGGAGGAGAUUGUGCCCAGCCCCCCCCCCCCACCCCCCCUCCCCCGAAUCUACAAGCCGUGUUUUGUCUGCCAGGACAAGUCCUCGGGGUACCACUAUGGGGUCAGUGCCUGUGAAGGCUGUAAGGGCUUCUUUCGUCGAAGUAUCCAGAAAAACAUGGUGUAUACAUGUCACCGGGACAAGAACUGUAUCAUCAACAAGGUGACGAGAAAUCGCUGUCAGUACUGCCGACUACAGAAAUGCUUUGAAGUGGGCAUGUCCAAGGAGUCUGUGAGGAAUGAUCGGAAUAAGAAAAAGAAAGAGACGCCCAAAGCAGAGUGUUCAGAGAGCUACACGCUGACCCCCGAGGUGGAGGAGUUGAUUGAGAAGGUUCGAAAAGCUCAUCAGGAAACCUUUCCUGCCCUCUGCCAGCUUGGAAAAUACACUACGAACAACAGCUCGGAACAGCGGGUCUCCCUAGAUAUUGACCUCUGGGACAAGUUCAGUGAACUCUCCACCAAAUGUAUCAUCAAGACUGUGGAGUUUGCCAAGCAGCUUCCCGGCUUCACCACUCUUACCAUUGCUGAUCAGAUCACCCUUCUCAAGGCUGCCUGCCUAGACAUCCUGAUUCUUCGGAUCUGCACGAGGUACACACCGGAACAGGACACAAUGACCUUCUCAGAUGGGUUGACCCUGAAUCGGACGCAGAUGCACAAUGCCGGUUUUGGGCCCCUCACCGACUUGGUCUUUGCCUUCGCCAACCAGCUGCUGCCACUGGAGAUGGAUGAUGCUGAGACUGGGCUUCUCAGUGCCAUCUGCCUCAUCUGUGGAGACCGGCAGGACUUGGAGCAGCCAGACAAAGUGGACACUCUGCAGGAGCCACUCUUGGAAGCCCUUAAGGUCUACGUGAGGAAGCGGCGGCCCAGUCGGCCUCACAUGUUCCCUAAAAUGCUGAUGAAGAUCACGGACCUUCGAAGCAUUAGCGCUAAGGGAGCUGAGCGAGUGAUCACGCUGAAGAUGGAGAUCCCAGGCUCUAUGCCACCCCUCAUCCAGGAGAUGCUAGAGAAUUCAGAGGGACUGGACACUCUGAGUGGACAGCAGGGGGUGGGGGGGAGGGAGGGGGAUGGGAGCAGCCUGGCCCCACCGCCGGGCAGCUGCAGCCCCAGCCUCUCCCCCAGCUCCAACAGAAGCAGCCCAACCACCCAUUCUCCCUGACUGAACUCCAGCUCUCCCCCCUGCGGAAACACGGACACAGCCCUCAUCCCACAACCUGGCUUUCUCUGUCUUCAGAAAGAAACCACCAUGAAACACGUCUCCCCUCUCCCUUCACCCUCCCCCCCCAGGACUGAAGGAGGUCUCUGAACCUCAUGGGGGCCUGGGGUCUGGAUGGGAGGAUGGAAGAGGUGGAAAGGAUGGAGCCAAGUCUCCUCCCACUCCGUCCCUGCACUGGACUUAACUGCAGCCUGAACUGGUUAUCAUCCAUUGUCCUGGACGGACUUCCCUGGCACGGUGGGGGUUGGGGCGAGGGACCGAGGGCUGAAGGGUGCCCUCUUUCCAAAUCCCAGUCCUGGGCCCAAGCAGUGAGACCCUGCCAGGAUGUGGUGGGAGAGGGUGGAGAGAACGCCAUGCUCAUAGAAGCGCCUCUUUGCUCACCACCCCCUACUCUCCACUCCACCCCCCAGCCUCAUGUUCAUCACCAGCAAACUCCGGGGGCUUUCAGCCCCACCAUUCUCAAAACUAGCAAGCCAUCCGCCCCCUCCCCGAGCUGGGGGAAAGUCUGGGGGCAGAGGUG